AUGAAGGCCAUGAGGAAGGCAACCUCUAUAAAAAAUUCCAUAACCCUAAGGUCGAGCGUGCCGAUGGGGCAGCCCCAUCGUAUCUGGGGGGGGGGGGGGGGGGGGGCGAACACACUGUUUUGCGGCGAUACAUCUACAUCGUCCGCGGAUCGCCUAACAUCCAAGGACCAACUUAGAAAGGAGGAAGCCGUGCUGGGAGAUCCCAUUAACUCGGCACGAUACUCAAGGGGAAGACGUGGAAGACGGGGGCGAUUAGCUCAAUCUGGAGAAUCAAAAGAAGCUGAGUCUGAUGGUUCACAGCUGUCACAGGCAGUAGCAGCCUCUGCCUCGGCAACUCCUACUGAAGUGGAGGAUAUGGCCACUGAGAUUGAUACGGAUGAGGACUUUGCCGACUUCUCAGUGGUAUCAUCCAAGUCCAGGGCCAAAUCAACUUUGCCUAGUACAGAGGAGUUUGCGUUAGAACUGCGAUCUCAGGCAGGCAGAAAAGUUGAAGAACACAUAGACCGUCAACUUCAAGCCAUUGAGGAGGUAGCAAAGGAGGUAAAA